UAUCUUACCGACUGUCAGCGGGCUGAUGCUGAUUGUCGGUUGGUGUAGAAUUUAGUGGUGUUAAGGUAUGCUUUUGAGUAAAACGGAUACGAGAAAAUACUAAAAGAGGUCCUUGGUAAUCAUCGGUCUGAUGUCCGAUUAAAGAAAAUGGCGGAUUAGUUGGUGCUCUAGCAAAAGGGCUGGGACACAAUAUUCAGUACCGUCAUGAUAACGUCUCAAGUUAACUCUCAUUUUAUAAUUAAUAUUAUUUCAAUAAACAUAUUAAUUAUUUAACUGUUUAUUUAUAUUUAUUACUAUACAAUAAUUAGUUAUUAUUUUUUUUUAAUUAAUUGUGUUAAAGGUUUUAAUUAUCAAUCAUAACAAUAACAACGCGUGGUGUCUCGCGAGUGAAUUUUCUUGGAUUUAAGUGAGAAAUUAUUUUAUUUAAUAUAUAUAUCUACACACAUAUAUAUACACUCACACAUACAUAUAUAUAUACAUAUAUAUAUACAUACAUAUAAAUAUAUGGGUACGUGUGGAAUGGAGUAAGUGAAAAAGUGACAACUCAGAUAACAUUAAAAAUAGCAUUGUCCUGAUUUUAUUUAAAAUUUUAAAAAAUAAAAUUAAAAUCCGGAAAUGGCAAUCAGGUAGUGGUUAAAAUUUAAAAAAUAAAACCAAUAAAGUGGUGUAAUAAAAUUCCACCAAAGAUGUGAAGGGCCAGGCGAGAAAACGGAAUGAAGCCACAAAAGAAGGGUAUUGUUUCGCAAAAGGCGCCAAAGUCACCACCGGUUGCCAAAAAGCGUAAGGUCCUUGAUAAAUUGUCCCUCGACAAUAAAACUGAUAACAAAUCAAAGAAAUUAUUAUCUUCCUCUUCGUCAUCACCAUCAUCAUCCUCUUCUGCGUCUUCUUCGGACAAAAUAAAAAAAGGGGACAGUGAUAAAAAAAAAGAUAAAGUGACUGAAAAACGUAAGAAAGUUGAUCCCAAGAAUAGAGUUGACGUAAAAUUAAUAGAUGACAAAAAAAAGUGUAAUCCCAAAGAAAUGGACGUUAAGAAAAUAGAAACUGACGACAAGAAAAUGGAUAAAGACGAUGAUUGCUCAUUGGAUUUGAGCUUAAACAGCACAUCCGGUAACUGCGGCCCCGAAAAAAAGAAAAAUAAUAAAUCUGAUGAGAAAAUAAAGACAGAGAAAGUUUUUGAUGGCAAGAAAAAAUCUUGCGAAAUUGACAAAAAGAAAAUUUUAAGCAAAGAUUCGACGGAAACUGGGGAAAAUGAUUUGAGUUUAACUUCAUUCCCGGUUACAAUUACAGAUGAAGUCAAAAAUGCAGACGACAAAAGUUGCGCGCAAAAUUUGGUUACUAAGAAAAAUAAUAAAGUGAAGGAUGAUAAAAAUAAGAAAGACUGCAAGCUGGUCAACAGCAAAGAUUCUAAAGAAAAUGGUAAGAAUCAAUUAACCAAAGAUAAGAAAGUUGAUUCGAGUAAAAAAAUAGAUAAGGAAGGCGGUAAAAAAUCAAAAGCUGUUGCUGUUAAAAAAGAAGUGAAUUCGAAAAAUAUAAACAGCGGGUCGAAGAAAUCGGCUGGUAAGAAAACUUGUCUGCUGGGUAAAAAAUCUGUCGAGGGGACUAAGAAAUUGGCGGAUAAAAAAUUAAAACUAGUCAAUAAGUCUAAAGAUAAAGAUGAUUCAUCGAGUGUUGAGGAUGAGGAAGAGUUAUUAGUUAAUAUCAAGACAAAGAAAAAGAAUCCAAGUAGUGCUAAGUCUAAAGUUAGUAAUAAUAGUAACAAUAGUAGUGAUACAAAUAAUCAAGAUAGUAAUAAUAAAAAACCAAAAUUAGCGAAACAGAUGAAAGCCAAAUUGCCAGCGAAAAAUGGCAAAUUGAAUAACGCUGUUUUAAAGCGGGAAAAACUUAAAAAGAUAACUGAUAAAAUAGUUAAUAGAAGGAAGAUGGAGUUGAAGGAGAGCGCGGACAAAGUUAACAUGGUAGUUGACGGUAAAAAAGUGAUGAAAGAAGAGCCACUAAAUAGUGAAGAAGACGACGAGAGCAUAAAAAAGGAAAUUUGUAACGAUAAGGAGGACGAAGAAGAAAGUUGUUGCAGUGGUGCGGCUAGUGGUGGUACUAGUAAUAGUGGGAGUAGUUAUGGUAGUGGUAGUUGUCUUCAAGUGAAAUCUUCAGAUGUAAAAAAGUCUUUGAAAACUCCAUCAAAGUCCAAAACAAGUAACAAAAAACAACCGACUAAGAAAUCAGUAAAAUCAAACAAAUCACAGGAGGAAAAUUGCGAAAAAGUUUGUCUCAAGAUUGGUGGUUCUUCCUCGGCUUCCUCGCCUUGUGCUUCCGCUUCCGACGAUUCUUCAUCGUCAGACUCGACAACGGUGACUAAACAAAGCACAAAGAAUGAAGAAACUGGCGGGAGUGGUGUCAAGGCAACGUCGAAAAAAGAAAAUGAGUGUGCGUUUAAAAUUGAUCUAAAAGUAGAAAAGUCAAAUGAUGAUUCUAGUGAGAGUCAGGAAGCUUCGUCGAGCUGUGGUGACUCUGAUGAGGAUUAUGAGAACGAAUUGGAGGUACGUCGCAAUCGUCAGAAGAAGAAAAAAGACCGGGAAGAUUCAACGGACGAAGAGCGGGCGCGUAGAAUGCGAUUGUUUGGGUUCUGGAGUGGACCGAAACGGCAUCGCGUUGCGUCAUUAAACGCAUUAGCUAAAGUGCACUGUAUGUACGAGAAUGAAGCCGGUGGUGUUUAUCUGGGUGGUUUCUGUAAACCGAAACCUGAAAAAGAUAAAGCCGCUAAAAAAUCGUCAUCAGCAACAGCAACUGCUACUGCACCAGCCGCUAAAGAGGAUAAAGAGGAAUCUGGACGUAAAGAAAAAGAUAAUAGUAAUAAAAAAACCACAACAGUGACGAGUAAAACCGAGUCGGAGAAUGUCGCUAAGAGAAAUCUAAGGAAUGUACCAGGUCUUCGCGGGAAACAUUGGGACAUGAUGGAGUGUUCCUCUUCGUCCUCAUCAUCUUCCGAGGACGAGUCAAAUAACGAGCAGCCCUCACAGCAAUCCCAAUCACAGCAACCACGCAAUCCAGAAGUUAAAAAUGCUAAGCGCGGGAGAAAGAAAAACUCAACAGUGAGACGGAAAAAACCUGAAGAGGUGAUGGAUCUCAAGGAUAUGGUAGUCUGCAAGCGAAUGGCUAGUUUAAAUGCAUCAGCGAUUCUUGCGGCCUCGUACUCGGACGAAAAACAUCUCCAGAGUUCAUCGUCUACCGAAUCCUCGUCCAGCGAGUCGUCGGAAGUCGAGUUCAUAAAACGACGCAAGCAGCACGGCGACGCGGGUGAAACUGCCGCCGAAAGACGGAAAGCCAAGCAAGAAGAGGAAGCUCUCAAGGCUUCAAAAAAAGUAGUCAUUGUCAAUCAGGAUACCGAUGUCACAAUCACUGGUGUCUAUGUUAAUCAAACCCGAUCAACCCACCACGAGGGUUUCUGUAGCAUCGCUGGAAUGCAAUAUAGAAUCAGCUCAACCAGCCACACGCAAACUGCGGCAACCGCUGUGGCUGCUGAACUUCACGAGCAGAAACCGGAGCAGCCAUGCAAGUCCUAUACACCCCUCGGGGCCUUAUCCUCGAUGCAGCCACCAGGAAGUCAGGCCACUCAUCCGAACAUGUCACCCAGAAGACACUCGGCAUUCAGCGCUCCUCAUCAACACGGUUAUUAUCAACCAGCGGGUCCGCUAAUUCAGCAUCCACCCACAUUGCCGCCAAUAAAAGGCCCGCCACCGGAACCGACGCCCACGCCGCCCCAAAAUUCCGAGAGCUCAGACGACCUGGUGGCAACAUCAACAACUUCCGGUGGCACCAACAGCACAGGUAAUUCAUGGCGUUCGUAUCGUAAAACGGAUUCAAGACUAGCAAGCUCAGCGAUUCCAUCCACGUCAAUUGUCCCCACAGGUGGUGGCUUCUACAGAGCCUACUGUCCUCAAUACUAUGGUACUCCACCGCAGUAUCAGGAGCUGUGUUAUCCGCCGACUUAUCCACAUCCACAUCCGCAUCCACCACCUUACUAUAAAUAUGCUCCAGCUUAUAGAAGACAGUACUACAGUUACCCAGAAGCAGGAGGAGGUGGAGGAGCAGGUGGCGCAGGAACCGGUGCUCCAGGAGUCGUAGAAUACCAGCCACCGCCGCCACCUAGUGAUUACUCGAUGCCGCCUUAUUAUGCCGGUUAUCCACCGCCACCGGCACCACCACCACCGCCACCUAAUCCCGCUUAUCUUCACGCUCAAGGUCGACCUAUUGUAGAUCACGCAGCCUUCCAAGGUUGUCCGUGUCCGAUGCAAUCGUGUCCAAAAAACGUGGAUACUGGGCCCCUUAUUGGUAAUGGUAAGGGGGCGCCAGUGGCAUCGGGGCCCGGUCUGUCAUUGCCACCCAGUGCUUUAGUAGGGCCCCCCUCGCCCGCGAGGGGACUAGCCGGGUUAGCGCCUCCUCACGGCGCUAAUGCCUGGGACACGGAUCGCGUCCAAAUUAACACUCAUAAUCGUAACAUCAAUAACAAUAAUCAGAAUCAACAGCUUCCAUCAUCAACUACUCACAUCAACGAAUGCCGUACUAAGGAAGAACAAAAAUGUACGGAUAAUAAAUGCAACAAAUGUACGUGUCAAAAGCGAGCAUGUACGUCAACGUGUGAUGUCAAAAUCGAGACAUUAUCACCAGCAGAAGCAACAGUACCUUCGCCGUCAUUGCAAUCACAGUCACCAGUUUCAUUGCAACAGUCGCAGCCAACGCACCCCCCGACUCUACAGAAAUUACCUCCAAUGUCAACUGAAAGCAUUCGCACAUUCAAAAUGGAGAACAAUAACGUCAAGUGUGAGUCAUGCAGCGUAGGAAUCGUUAGUGAUAACAAUUUAUCAUGCGUUUCAAACUGCAACGUUAAGUGCGAAGAGCAGCAGGAUGACUACAAGUGCGGAAUCAUCAAGUGCGAGCAGUGUCUAAAAGAGGAAAGAGAAAUGGCGAUACUAGAAAUAGACAAAGACUCGGGAAUUCUUAUGAUCGAUGAUAAACUAGAGGCCGCUGAAGCUGAGGUUAAGGAAGAACUCAAUGACGUCGUGGUUGUUAAUAUCAAUAUCGACAAUCAGAACUGGACCAAGCCCGAUUACGAAGACACUGUUACUGAAACAAUCGAGGACAAAGUUGAAAAAAUCAAUGGCGCUGAUGUUAAUGACGUAACUGCUAAUGUUAACAAGACCGAUGACAUUAACACUGUUGACGUUAAUGUCAAGUGCUCGGGUAACAAAGAGCUGACGUUACCCAAGUGCCAAAAGUUGACCAAACGAAAGCUGUCACUCGACAGUCUGAGUUCUCCGAAGAAAAUAAAACUAGACAAACGAACUCUAUCCGUGGGCUCAACCCGCGAUAUUAACGACCACCGGGUACCGAACCCGAUGAACGGGGAGUUUUUUGUUAAUAGAACGAUUGCUGAUAGAAGUAGUGAUAAGCUUGACUGUGGUUCGCUAGCGAAAGAUGUGGGAGGAAAGGAGGGUAAGAAGAAAGUUAAAAAAGAAAGUUGUAAGCGUAAAGCUGAUGAUGGUAAUGCUGUUGCUGAGAGUAAUAGCAAGAGAUCGAAAAAAUAUUUAAGCAAUGGAAUCACAAAUUGUCAUGUUAAGACGGCGUCCGCGACGAGUAUUAUGGAGACAAUUAAUAAUGUGAUUCAACAGAGUGUACAAAUGACUAGUAAGAAUGAUAAAGAUAUUAAUAAGUGUAAUAGUAGUGGUAAUAACAAUAAUAAUAAUAUUAAUAAUAAUAAUAAUAAUAAUAAUAAUAAUAAUAAUAAUAAUAAUAAUAAUAAUAAUAUUAAUAUUAGUAAUAAUAACAAUAAUAAUAAUGCUAGUACUAAGAGUUGUAAUGCGUUCAAAGAACGUGAUAGUAAAAGAAAAUCUGGUAAUUUAUUGUCGACUAUUAAAAAUGUUCCAAAGACGCUAGUUAAGACGGUGGUUACGGAUAAAUUAUGUGUUAAUAAGGCGGAUUGUAAAUUAAUAAAGGAUAAGGAUAAGGAAGGAGUGGCAGUGGGAGGGGCAGGGGGAGUUGAUAAGGACAAGUGCAAGGAAAGUAAGAACAGAGUGAAGGGUAAUAUAAAUAGUAAUAAAAUAGUGCAGGUUAAAAACAAAGUUGACGGGCGAAAACCUGGGGAAUCAAAAUUAAAGGGGAAGGUUGUUAAGAUUUGCGAGGAAAGGGGAGGUGGUGAGGGAGAGGGGGGUAAGAAACAACCAGCGGCCUUAGUUAAAAAGAAGAAUAACAAAAAAAGUACAAAGAAAAUCUGCGGCGUGGGUAAUAAGAAGGCAAGCGGACGUGAUGAAAGUGUCACGGGGGUUGUUAGUGAUAGUUUUAGUUGUUUGACAAAGAAGGGCUUUCUUAAACCCAAGUGGAGCAACGGCUGGAGUUGGGAAGGAGAAUCGUAUGAGGCCAAAGUUUAUUUAACGAAUGAAGAGUCGGCUAUACGGAGGUGUUACAAAAGUAUGAAACACAUAAGUGGUGAUGUAUUGAGACCACGGGAUUGUGUUUUAUUGAAAAGCGGUCCACGUAAAGCAGACUUGCCUUUUGUUGCUAAAAUAGCUGCGCUUUGGGAAAAUCCUGAUGAUGGCGAAAUGAUGUUCUCGUUACUGUGGUACUACAGGCCAGAACAUACGGAACAAGGUCGCACGGAUUUCGACACUGAGGACGAAGUUUUUGCAUCGAGGCACCGUGAUGCUAAUAGCGUUGCUUGUAUAGAGGACAAAUGUUAUAUUUUAACGUUCAAUGAAUAUUGUCGAUAUCGAAAAAAUUUACGAAGAAUAGAAGAAAAUCUCGAGUGUCCAGGACUAAUAGUACCACCUGGGGAACAGAGUUAUCCUCGGGAGAGUAGACAGCCUCCUAUUCCAGUACCAGCAGAUAUGGUGCUAUUUUGCCGGCGUGUCUACGACUAUCGCGGGAAAAAACUCGUAAAAAAUCCCGGAUGACUCGAUUCCGCGUAAAAAAAAAUAUAUUAACAGAAACCAACAAAACAAAAAUUGAAAAAUAUUAAAAAAGGAAUCACAAGUACUGAUAAAGAAAAAAAAAAUAAAUAAAAACUUACACUGAAACUGGCAUUGAUCUUUCUCCAAGCGUCGCCGAUUUGUGUUCCACUUGAUAUCAAUUUCUAUAAACAGCGACUAAAUAUUUUAUAUCACGUUGCUAUUUAAUCUAAAAGAUAAAAAAAAAAUAUUUAUAUAUAUAUACCCAAAGAAAUAAAAAUAAUAAAGCAAUUAAACAAUUCAAAUUAAACUUUAUCACAAACUGAAUUGUUUAGCUGCGGUUUUAAAUAAUUAAUUAUUAUGUUAUAUAAUAAUUAUUAAAAGUAAAUAAACUGAGUGGAGCACAAUUUUUUAGCGCUUAGAUUUCAUAGAGAGAUAUAGAUAUUUUUUGCGAUAGCGUUUUACAAAUUAAACAAAAAUAAAACAAAACAUAUUUUUCACUUAUUAAGACGUACAUUAUAAAGAGGAGAGCUUGGAUAAUAAAUAAAUGAUAAUAAAUAAUUAAAGGAAAUAUUUAAAAUGUCCAGUUUCAGGGUUUAGUAAGAAAAAAAAAAUAUAAAACAUGACCAUUUAAAUAGUGACAGGGAAAAUAUAUAAAUUUAAAUGAGUAAUUGAGUUACGAGUAAUGAUUUAUAAUUUAAAAUUAAAAAUUUUGUUAAUAAAAUUAAAAAAUGUUGAAGUCAUAUGUUAAAUGCGUGUAAUGUAUACUAUUUAAACUGGACGUUUAUGUGUGAUAAACUUCCAUUGUGCGUUAUAUUAUUUAAAUUUAAAUUGUAAUUUAAGUAAUUCAUUUUUUUCCGAGACGAGACAAGAAAUUAGACGGCAAUUAUCCAUUUAUUUCUACUCACAAUUAUUAUGGUAAUUGUAGAUUUUUUUUUUUUAUUCUUCAUUUAUUUUUUUUGUAUUUUUCGCUAGAAUUUUCUAUCUCGCGCACAUUGAUAUUAAUUGACAAUACAUUUUUUGAGUGUCACAAUUUUUUAGUCAUUCAAAUUUUUAUUUAAUUAAUUGAUUGAAAAUAUCUUCUUGUAAUUUUUUUAGUUUCAUUUUAGAAUUGUAUAUUUGCCGUUUUAAAAUAAAUAAUUUAAUAAUUUACGUUUAACGUACAGGAUUUUAAUAUUUUUUUUUUUAGAUUAUAUUAAUUAAUAACUAGUUUUUUUUUUUUAGUUCAAUCAAAAUUUCACCCGCUAAAAAUUCAGUCUUCAUUUUAUUAAAUUUUUUUUUUUUAUUAAGGAAAUAUAUCAAAUAUAUGAAUAAUAAAUUAUUGUAAUUAUUUUGAAGAAGUUUGUAAAUUAGCGAACAAAAAAAAAACAUGAAAUUCUUGUUAGCGGGAAAAAUAUGUUGUAUUAUUUAAAUUAAUAUAUUGAAUAUUAUAUAAUUAUACUUUUAUUAUUAUUAUUAAUUAUUGAUAUUUAAUGAACUAAUAUAUAAAUAUUGAUUUUGUGUAUUUAAGGGUAUGAGCGAAAAUUAAUUACGAUUAAUUAACAUUGGAUAUGUUAAGAUUAAUAAAUUGAUUUAAAAAAUUAACUCUCCCAAUACCAAAAUAUUUUUUGUUUUUCUUUUCUAUUCAUUUAAAAAAUAAUGUAAGAUGUAAUAUAAUUUUAUUUAUUAUUAUUAAUUUUUAUAUACUUUUUAAGAACAUCAUUUUUUUCUAUGCUUAAUUUACAUUACCGAGACUUAAUAACCGAUGGAAAAAUAACCGGAUAGAAAUUUAACCUAAAAAAUUAAAAUUUUACCCAUUCAAAUGAUUUACUUUUUUUGAGGUUAACAAACUUCAUAAAAUAUAAUUGAGUGCCAUUUGUUAUUAUGAAAUUUAUAUAUACUAAAGUAUCCUUAUAUAUUUUAUGUAUCGGAUUUAAUAUUAAGUAAUAAAUUAAUUAAUCUACGAAAUUAAAUCUUAGAUUUAAAAAUUGGCUCUUAGUUAAACUAUACUGCCUCUAAACUUGGCCCGUGCCAAAAUUCGGCCAUUUUUUUUUUUUUUUUUACUUUUUUAUAAAUAUUUUACGCAUUGCAGUAUUACUUCUAAUAAAAAUUAUCCUCAGAGUUUUUAGACUUCACUUUUGGUAUAUAUAAAUUUAUAUAUAUAUUUAAAGAAAAGGCACUAUAAAAUCAAAUUCAUGUUGGUUAUUUUACUCUGGUUAUUUUUUCGGUUUUUUUUUUUGCAUAAUUUCGAUUAAUUAUUUAACAUUGACAUUAAUAGUUGAUUAUUAUUAAUUACUAGUAAUAAUUAGUAUUAUUUUUUUAAUCUCUCGUUAAGGUUGAUAAUACAUAUCUUUUUUUAAUAAUUAACUUUCUCUGUCUCUCUUAACUCCCCUCAUUGUAUUUGAAAAAAAAAAAAAUAAAUAAAUAAAAAUAAAAAAAAAAGAAUAGAAAAAAUCUUGCAAUAUAUCUAUGAAAUAAAAAUAAAUCGUGUUCGGCAGCAUUAACGCCAAUCAAAAAAUCAGUUCUAAAGUAUAAAAUUAAAAAAAUAAUUUAAAAAUAAAAAUAAAAAAGUAACAAUUAAAAUAAGCCAUUAAUUAAAUGAAAAUUUGUUUAUUUAUUUAAAAUAAUUGCAAACAGGCGAGCGUAAUAAAGCCGCGUGCCAAAGAACAUCAUGAUUAAUUUAAAUCAAUUUAAAAAUUUAAUUAAUCAGUACACUCGUCACUACAGGGAUUUUGCGAUUUACUCAUAAUGGUUUUAUUUUAAAUAAACAAAUAAAAUAAAUAUAAAAUACAAAGAAAAAAAUGGAGAUAAAAUAAAAAUAAAAGUUAAAAAUAAUAAAAAAAGAGAAGAAUUAUUUCUACAUGAAAUCUAUGAAGUAUAUAAAUAUAAAUGAAUAUAUAUUAUAUAUAUUUAGAUAAUUAGAAUAAAAAUUGCGUAAGCAUGUGCAGGCAUUACAUGUAUGAUCAUGAUGACAUUACACGAUAAAUAAAAUUUUAAUUAACAAAAAUAUAUAUUAAUAUCAUUAAUUCCCUUAUUUUUUGUGUCAGAUACAAAAGCAUGUGAGACUCGAAUUUUUUUUUUAUAUCAAAUGAAAUCAAUCAGAUUUUAUUUUAAUCUAAAAUUAUAUUGCAUAUAUAUUUAAUAUUAUUAAUUAUUUAUGAUCUUAAAUUUCCAUGAAUUCUAUGAUUAAUUUUUGAUGAAUGAAAAAUAAAAAAAAAAUUUGAUAUUAUUUUCUGAGUGUCACAUAUUAAUUUGCAGUAUUUGGUACAAAAUAUGUAUGUGUACAUCAAUAGGUGAUUACUGAUUAACUACUGAUUACAAAUAAGCUUUGUAGGGGACACAAAUAUAAAUAACAUAAAAAUGGAAAGUGCGACGAGUCGCUAAUCAACUGACUUAUCAAAAUAUCAAUAAUUUAAAAUAUGUUAUUUUUAAUUGUUAUUAUAAUUGUAGAGAAAACGAACAAUUAGUUGUUAGUUGAUAGUUAUUUGUAAGUGGAGGAGACAAUUCUAAAUUACUGAUUUUUUAUUGAUAGAAAAGUUUUGAGAAGUAGAUCUCAUGAGUGGAGUUUGAUAAUUCGGUUGAUUGCGACCUGCGUGGCUGACACUGAUCCACUAGUACCGCAAUGUGUUUUUUCACAUAAGUAAAAAGUAAAAAUAAAAAUAUACCGAUGUGUACUUUUCAGAUGAAUAACAUGAGAGGAUAUGAUUUUGAAUGUUUUAUUGGACAUUCGUUAUCUUGUAAUAUUGUAAUAUAAACGUAA